AGAAAGAUGGCAAGAGUUCACUCGACCGCAGGGUUGUUCCUGACUGUGGUGUUCAUAGCCACGUCUUUCGGCAAACCAGCCUACGAUGACUCUUCUAACGAGGACCAUUCGGCGCAUCUGCGAGCCCGAAGUGCGCAUGCACAGUCAAGGGCAACAGCGCCCACCGACCAGGAGCGCACGCCCGAGUACUGGAGCGACAUGGCGCGGGCGUCCCUCGCCGCCGCUCUCCGCCUGCAGACCUUAAACACGAACGUGGCCAAGAACGUGGUGCUGUUCCUGGGAGACGGGAUGGGCGUCUCCACGGUAACCACGGCCCGGAUCCUGAAGGGCCAAAAGGCGGGAAACCCGGGAGAGGAGGCCGUGUUGGCCAUGGACUCUCUACCGUACACCGCCAUGUCGAAGACCUACAAUAUCGACGCGCAAGUGCCCGACUCAGCCGGGACUGCCACGGCGUUCCUGUGCGGGGUGAAGGCGGAGAGCGGGGUGGUCGGCGUGGACGGCAAGACACGGUACGGCAACUGCAGUUCCUCCAAGGGUCGCGAGGUGGAGUCCAUCAUCGUGCACGCAGAGAGAGCAGGAAAGUCAACAGGAAUCGUGACCACUGCCCGGGUGACCCACGCCACGCCGGCGGCGGCCUACGCUCACUCCGCCGCACGCGGCUGGGAGGCCGACAGCGACCUGACCGCCGAGGCCCGGGACAACAACUGCACCGACAUCGCCUAUCAACUGGUGGAGGAAGCGCCUGAUAUAGAGGUUAUUAUGGGAGGGGGAAGACGGAUGUUCACGCCCCGGAGCAUGGCGGAUCCGGAAUCCGGAUCCGGAGAUCGAGACGACGGCGUGGAUCUUAUCCAGCGCUGGCAGGACGGAAAAUCCGGAACGGCACGCUACGUCUGGAACGGGACGGACUUCAGGGAUGUCGACCCGGACUCAACGGAUUACCUUCUAGGUCUGUUUGAGAGGAGUCACAUGAAGUACUCUGCUGACCGCACCUCAGACCCGGCCGAGGAGCCGACCAUCGCCGACAUGACCAGGAAGGCGAUACAAAUCCUCCAGAAAAACCCGAACGGGUUCUUCCUGCUAGUUGAAGGAGGUCGAAUUGACCACGGCCAUCACGGGGCCACGGCAGUCAAAGCUCUAGAGGACACCGUGGCGUUUGAUGACGCUGUGCAGGUGGCUAAAGACAUGCUGAGCACGUCUGACAGCCUGAUUGUGGUGACAGCGGACCACUCCCACACACUGGCGUUUGCGGGCUACCCUGACAGGGGACAUCCCAUAUUUGGUAAAAACGUGUACAGAUACUCCACGCCUGACAACGACUGGGACGGUCUGCCGUACACCACCCUGCUGUACGGGAACGGCGCCGGGUACGGACUGGAGGAGACUACCCGGGGGAACGACACGCACGUCACACGGCAGAACAUCACCGACGUCAAUACAGCGGAUAAGGAGUACAGACAACAGAGCGCCGUCCCGCUCCGGAGUGAGACACACGCGGGGGAAGACGUCAUCAUCAUGGCGGACGGACCCAUGGCACACCUGUUCCACGGCGUGCAGGAGCAACACUACAUCGCCCAUGUGAUGAUGUACGCAGCCUGUCUGGGGGAGUACACCGACCACUGUGACAAACCGGCCACGCCUAAACCCGUCAGGGACGCAGGGACUGCCGCUAGGGGGAGCCUCUACACUGUCGGCUUGACUGCAGUUCUUUGCGGGCUACAGAUGCUGGCGGGCACGCGUUUCUAUCGAAAAGCGCACUUGGUCAAUUGCACGGAGCGUUUGAAAAAAAGCUGUGUAUUUUUAAAUUCUUUGCCAAUGAUGGAUGCGGAGAAGCUGCUCGGAGUCGGCCACGACGGCUCGCACCGGCACCGUGAGCGUGGCCCCGGACCUCCCGGUUCCCUCGUCACGGUGCUCUCGGUGGCGGCGGCUCUCGUGUUGGUCGUGUCGCUGGUCGCCGUCAUGCAGGGCAGGGCGCAAGUUACGAGUCUCGAGAUCGAGCUAUCUUCCCUCAAGAUCCAGCUGGAAGUCGAGCGGGAAGAAAAGAGCCGUACUGACAUAGAGGUAUUGAACCUCAAGGAACGACUUCUUAAAAGGGAGGAGGAAAAGGACGUAGCUGCCUUAAAAGAACGUCUGGCAAAACUUGAGAGCAAGAUUCAAGGCGAUGAUGAUCUGGGGCAAAGCCUAAGCUUCAGUACAAACGAAGAGUUGGAGUUGUCAGACAAUAGUGACAUAGGAUCAAACCACGAUGAUGGUGAUGACGUAGAUCAAGAUGAUACCAGGGACACCGACACCCCCUGGCAACUUUGGGAUGAACUGCACGACAGGGCAAAGCGAUCAAGCGUGUCCACGAAUACUGACAGCGAUGUGUACAACGAGAGGCGCCGAGAACAGGUUGAGAACGAGCGCACGCCCGAGUACUGGAGCGACAUGGCGCGGGCGUCCCUCUCCGCCGCUCUCCGCCUGCAGACCUUAAACACGAACGUGGCCAAGAACGUGGUGCUGUUCCUGGGAGACGGGAUGGGCGUCUCCACGGUAACCACGGCCCGGAUCCUGAAGGGACAAAAGGCGGGAAACCCGGGAGAGGAGACCGUGUUGGCCAUGGACUCACUACCGUACACCGCCAUGUCGAAGACGUACAGCAUUGACCGACAGGUUCCAGAGUCAUCUGCAUGUGCCACGGCGUUCCUCUGUGGCGUCAAGACCAACCGAGGACUGGUCGGGCUGGACGGGCGAGCGACGUCCAAAAACUGUAGUUCCGCCAAGGGUCACGAGGUGGCGUCCAUUCUCGUGCACGCAGAGAGAGCAGGGAAGUCGACAGGAAUCGUCACCACCACCCGGGUUACCCACGCCACGCCGGCGGCGGCCUACGCUCACUCCGCCGCACGCGGCUGGGAGGCCGACAACAAGCUGACCGCCGAGGCCCGGGACAACAACUGCACCGACAUCGCCUAUCAACUGGUUGAAGAAGCGCCCGAUAUAGAGGUGAUAUUAGGAGGAGGCCGUCAGGCCUUUCUAACAAACAACAUGGCGGACCCUGAAGACGGGACGAGGGGACAUAGGACCGACAGCAGGGAUCUGAUCCGCCGAUGGCUGGACAGAAAAACCGGCCCGGCCCGGUACGUCUGGAACCAGACGGAAUUCAACAGUGUAGAUCCGGAGUCAGUGGAUUAUCUCCUCGGUCUGUUUGAACCAAACCACAUGCGGUACUCCGUAGACCGGCCUAACGACACGGCAGGGGAGCCCAGUCUGGCUGACAUGACCAGGAAGGCGAUACAAAUCCUGCAGAAGAACCAGAAGGGAUUCUUCCUGCUGGUGGAGGGAGGUCGAAUUGACCACGCCCACCACUCAUCCAAGGCGGUCAAGGCUCUAGAGGACACCCUGGCGUUUGAUGACGCUGUGCAGGUGGCUAAAGACAUGCUGAGCACGUCUGACAGCCUGAUUGUGGUGACGGCGGACCACUCCCACACACUGGCGUUUGCGGGCGACCCUGACAGGGGACAUCCCAUAUUUGGGAAAUUGGAGACCUCCAGGGUACUAGACGACCUACCGUACACGACCCUGCUAUACGGCACCGGUCCAGGACACAACAUCAACGGCAACCGGCAUAACAUUACAGAUGUCGACACAGCGGAUAAGGAGUACAGACAACAGAGCGCCGUUCCAAUGCGAACGGAGACGCACGGAGGUGAUGACGUCAUCAUCAUGGCGGACGGACCCAUGGCACACCUGUUCCACGGCGUGCAGGAGCAACACUACAUCGCACACGUCAUCAUGUACGCGGCGUGUGUGGGGGAGUACACCCACGGCUGUGACAUGCGCACUCCGCCGGUCAACCCGAGACCGAGCAAGAGUGCAGGGAACACCAGAGUCGCUAGAGGGGGCACUUAUGUCAUCACACUAGUCAUCACUAUCGCCUGUAGUCUUUCUGUGCUCUUUUGAUUGAUAUUGAAUUAAACUACUCUAUACACCAAGAGUUCCGUUGCCAACAUGGAGUCGUGUUGUUAACAUGGCAGGAACACACGAAAUGCUGGCAAGCUGGGAACUGUCAAAUGCAGGAAAAACAGAUACAAAAACUCUAUCAUACCAUAAACACUAGUCAUCAGAAAACUUGAACAGAGAAAAAUAUUUUGCCUUAUGAGAUGAAGACGUUAGAUCCGGUAAGUCGUACAGAUCUUGAUACUGUUUGCAAAAUAUACUUAUGCGCAUUAUAUAUUAAGGUUUUAUCUUUUUUAUUCAUUUGUAAUAGAUACUUGGAAUUAUAUUAAGCCGUGAUGGAAUUGUUGUUAAAUAUUGAGGAAAAUGACUUGCUUUAUAUUAUGGAUGUAAAUACUACUGUAACCACUGUCUUUUAGAAAAUAUUUAAUGAAAUUCGCAAUUCAGCGAAAUGGCUACGAGUGAUUUUAACCUCAA